UAAAAGUCGGCAAAAUCAAACAUAUCCAUGUCUUUGAUCAUCAUUUUCUGCCGCGUGUAGAAGUAAUUCAAAAUGAUUAAAGUUGUGAGUUUAGCCCUCGCUGUGUCGUUUGUAACUGCUAAUAUUGAGAUUAAAGUACACGACUGUGGUUCUGUAGAUGCCCGAAUCAAUUCUAUCAGAGUCAUGCAGUGUGAAAGAGAACCUUGUAUCGUGCAUAAAGGCCAAGAUUACACCGUUCUUGUAAAUUUUACAGCAACACGAACUGUUCAAGAAGCCCACAACCAUCUACAUGGAGGGUUAGGAUUUCUCCAAGUUCCAUUUCCUUUGAACCCUGAGAAUGCUUGUGGCAAGAAUGUACCAUGUCCAAUUGAAGCGGGAAAGACAUACCUCUACAAUAACACAAUGACUUGUCCUGACUUUGCUCCUAGUCUACGUGUAGCGGCGAAAUGGGAAAUAAAAGACGAGAAUCAGAAAGAUAUUUUCUGUUUUGCUACUGCUCUACAAAUUGUUUCAUAGUGUAAUACUUAUGUCAUUCAGCUUAGAUAUUACGAUAAAACGUUUUUGACAAAA